AUGUGUGAGGUGCCCGAAAACCAUUUAUCCUCUCAGGAUGCUCUCUACGAGAUGAUCGAUGCCGGCUUGAGGCCAAAGGCACCGCACUUCGGAGCGAUCAUCGCCUCCUGCGCCUCCAGCGCCGAUGUGGAACGAGCCGAGCGUUGGCUGUUUCGCAUGAGGGCGUUGGAGGUGGAGCCGACAGGCCAGACCUUCCAGGAGCUGAUGCACGUCGCUGCUGAGGCUGGGAACCCCGCGGCCGCCGAGCAAUGGAUGAACGAAGCCUGGCAGGUUGUCCGUGCAAGCCUCAAAUUGGAUGCCUAUGAGUUCAGCAAGGUACAUGGUGAGGAGUUUUUCACGACGCAUGAGAAGAUGACUAGUGAGAAGGUGGUACUCACUCCUGGAGGCCUUCGGUUUAAGGUGCUGGUAGUGAACGCCCAGCCCUUGACUGGCAGCAUCGGAGCACCCUUGCUUCAGUGGGCAAGAAACGGAAUCGAAGAUGAUGUGAUUGAUGGAUUGAUGCUUGCUGCAGGAGAUUCAGUCUAUGCUUUCUUCGAUGUCACGAUGACUGAUGAUGUAAGGCGCCAGAGGGCGACUUUCUUGUCUGGAUUGAUGGUGCGUGCGAAAAAGGAAUGGAAAGAUAUUGGAAGCACAGAUUUGGGUGAGGAGAUCUUCAAAGCGAUUAGUGAAGAUCAACCAGAUGAGAAGGUGGAGAAAGACUUGCCGCCCUCUGCUUUGGGUGAUGAGAAAGAUGAGCUUAUUGAGAAUCGGACGCCUGACUUGCCUCAUGUUCAGGAGAUCUUUGAUCUAAUUCCGUCAACACUUGAAUUCCUGCGCAAGAAGCCGAUGCAGGCUUUCGUAUCUGAUACAUCAAGAAGCAAGAAAGGUCGAGGCAAAGCGCGCCAAGCGCGCGGCCAUCCGAAAGGUGAACAGCGCGACUGGGUGGACCGGCGGUACGCGGGCGUACCGGGAGUCUCUGCCUCCAUGGAGCGGAUGUUCGACUACCACCGCUUAUACAAUGAGCGGGAACAGCUGGCGCACGUCUGGAUCGACCUCCAGCUCAAGAAGGACAAGCUCAAACCCGGAAACGUGCUUGAGGAGGCCAUGGCAGGCAAGGCAUCCAAAGCCAUGAAGGCAAUGAAGGUGGCGGCCAUCAUGAAGAAGCCUGCGGCAAAGAAUGCCAAGCGCGCCAAGAAGCCUUCGACUUCUAAAGUUGAUCCAUUGGCGGCUCGUUUCGAGAAAGACUUGGAUGAAGCUUAUGCUGACUACCAAGAUUUGAAGAGCCACAAUGCCAGCUUUGGCGAACCCGCGGGAGUACAGUGGCUUGAUGACAAGUUCAAGCAUCACAUUUGCGCAAAUGUGGGCUGCCACACCUUCGUCAACAACAUGUAA